AUGGACAUCCAGAAGAACAAAGCCGCCAUGGCUUCGUUCGUCGCCUCCAUUCUGCUCGCUGCACCCACCAUGGCACAAGUCCUCAUGCCCGAAUUUCCGUUGGAACCGUUGGCCGGUCUUCAGGGCAAAUGGCACCCAGAACCCCCACCAGUGCUCCAGAAGCCAUGCAUCGUCAUCGAUAAGGUCAAGAACAUCACCUACAUGAUCGGUUACGACUCCCAGGGAGCCCUCGUCUUCUACGCUAUCGAGCAGUCCAUGUGCUCCGCCAACUGGACCACCAUCCCCUGGAUCUCCCUCCCUUACCCCGGCGGUGGAAAGCCCUAUUACACUGAGCAGUGCUUCCUUACUUCCACCAACCACUUUGCCGUCCAGUACCUCGGCGGUAUCGCCAUCUGGGAUCACUGGGGUCGCACCUGGACCUACCGCAGCAUCCCCUGCACCCUCACCUACCCCAACAACGCCGCCAUGGUCUACCAGAACCAGCAGGCUACCAUUGAUGACAUCCUCAUCAACUGGGUUGAUGCCAAGGGUACCGGUCACUUGACUGGCGUUCAGCUUUUGAACGACACGGUCAACGCCUGUAACGAGUUGUCCACUCCUAACGUCCCCAAUGACAUGACCGUUGCUGGCGCUCCCAACAACGGCCAGACCUACCUCCUCUUUGGACCCAAGAAGUCGUGCUACUACACCAUCACCGCUGCUGGGACUGCCUCCCAGAACCCCGUCGCGACCACCAGCGAGUGCAUGCCCCUCCCUGCUUUGGACAUUCGCGAACCCCGCACUGUCAACUAUGGUGGUGCCAUCUGGAUCUUUGGCAAGAACAAUGACGGUCUCGGUGUCUGGUCCGUCAACGCCACUGGCUCUCCCCCAUAUACCAUCAUCCCCCGCUCCCAAGGUGCCCCUAUCAACAGCAACUAUACCGUCGCUGACUGCGGUACCGGUAUCAUCGUGUAUGGUGGAUGCACCAAUCCCGACGGAUGCUCGACCAAUCUCAAGCCCGGCGAGCCCAUUCCCCCAGUCUCCCCUACUCCCCCUACCGUUAUCUAUGUUCCUCCUACUGGCGGAGACAACGGUGGUGGUGGCGGCGGCAGCGGUGGCGGAAGCGGCGGUGGUGGCAGUGGCGGCGGCAGCGGUGGUGGCGAUGGUGGUGGAAGCGGUGGUGGUGGUGGUAGUGGCGGCGGCGGCAGCGGUGGUGGUGAUGGUGGUGGAAGCGGUGGUGGUGGUGGUAGUGGCGGCGGCGGCAGCGGUGGUGGUGAUGGUGGUGGAAGCGGUGGUGGUGGUAGUGGUGGUGGUGGUAGCGGCGGCGGCGGAAGCGGUGGUGGCAGCGGUGGCGGUGGCGGUGGCGGAUCCUGGAUCCCUGCCCCACCCACCGGUGUUCCCACUGGCAUCCCCUCCGGUGGUCCCACUGUUGUCCCCCCUACUGCUACUGGUACCAUCUCCGGCGGCACUCCUCUCCCUACCGCCCCCGGCGGUGGACUCCUUCCUGUUCCUGGUGAUGGCGGUUCCAAGACUUCGGGCGAUGGCAACACUGGUGCCAUUGUCGGUGGUGUUAUCGGAGCCAUUGCUUUGAUCUGCUUGAUUGCUUUGCUCUUUGUCUUUGCUCGUCGUCGCAGAAGACGCGAUGAGGAGAACGAGUACGGUGCUCCUGGUGGCCCCAAUGGUCCCGAGAUGACCCACAACAACCACCAUGGCGGCGGUAUUCCCCCCCUUGCCCCCCUUGGUCCUAUUGGCGACUUGGAUCAGGUUGUCGUUGAGGACAAGGACCUCCCUGGCGGACCCCCUGGCAACAACAACUACCCCGGCGGCCCCUCUGGCGGUGCCGACUUCCCUGGCGGUCCUUCUGGAAACGGUUCGGGUGUUCCUCCCACUGGUGGUGCUCCCCACAACCACACUGGUGCCAUCAUUGGCGGUGCUCUUGCUGGUGGUGCUAUUAUUGGUGCUAUUGGUCAUCACAAGAACAGGUCCGAAGAGGAGGUCUCCCACGGUCAUGUCGCUCCUGUCCCUGUUCCCGGCGGUCCUUCUGACAACAACAACUACCCUGGUGGCCCCUCCGGCAACAACAACUAUCCUGGUGGCCCCUCUGGCAACAACAACUACCCUGGCGGCCCUUCCGGUGACAGCAACUACCCCGGUGGUCCCUCCGGCGGUAACAACUACCCUGGCGGUCCCUCUGGCGACUCUUCCUUCCCUCCUGGUCCUUCUGGCUCUGGUCAUAACGUUCCCCCCACUGGCGCUACUCCCAACGGCAAGCACAACCACACUGGUGCCAUCAUUGGCGGUGCUAUUGCUGCUGGUACUGUUGCUGCCGUCGUUGGUCACCACAAGAACAAGUCUGAAGAGAAGGUCACCAACGGCCAUGUUGUCCCAGUCCCAGUCCCCGGCGGUCCCUCCGACAAGACUGAAAUCGAUGAUGAGACCUCGACUGGUCGCGGCUCUCACGUUGUCCCCGUCCCUGGUGGACCUACCGAUACCACUAACGCUCCUCGUCCCACUGGCCCCGGCGGUGUCGUCCCUGUUGGCGGCUCCUCUUCGACUACCACUUCUACUGAAACUACUACCGAGACUACCACCUCUGGCGGUCGUACUGGAAUCUUUGGCGCUAUUGCCGGUGCUAUCGGUCUGGGCGGCGCUGCUGCUGUCGUUGCCAACAAGCACAAGAACGAAUCGUCUGAGAAGAUUGUCACCAGCAAGACCACUGUCACCACCAGCAAGAACGGAGGCCGCAUCUACACCACCACUGGCACUGGCGGCCGCACUGUCAUUACUGAGCGCACCGAGACUGGCACUGCUCGCCAUGUUUUGACCGGCGUUGUCCCUGGAACCACCACUAUCCGUACUAUCACCCAGCGCACCGAGUCUGGCGAGGAGGUCUUGAUCCCUGUCGAGCACCCCGAGGGUGACGAGCGCCAUGUUAUCGAGGAGCGUGAUGAGAACGGAAAGAUCCGCUACAUCAUUGGAGGCUUGAUCGUCGGUGCCGUCGGUGCCGGUGUUGCUCACCAUGUCGCUACUUCCCGUACUGAAUCUAAUUCUGGAAAGACCACCACCACCACCGUUACUUCCUCGACCCGUAUUGUGACUGAGCGUGGCCCCAACGGCGAACCCCGCCAGGUUAUUGCUGGCGAUUUCAGCGGCAAUGCCAUCCGUGUCAUCACUGAGCGUACCACCACUGGCGAGACCCGUUACAUCCCCACUAACGAGCCCACCGGCGAACUUCACCACGUCACCACUGAGCGCUCCGAUUCUGGCGUGAUCCGUUACAUCGUUGGAGGUAUCAUUGCUGGAGGCGCCAUUGGCGCCAUUACCAAGAGCACCGAGUCCAGUGGUGUCCGCACCAUUCCCGGCGGCGUUACCUCAGUUUCUUCCUCGACCCGCAUUGUCACCGAACGUACUUCGACUGGCGAAAUCCGCUACAUCAUUGUUGGUGGCUUCAGCGGCAACGCCAUCCGUGUCAUUACCGAAAAGACCUCCUCUGGAGAGAUCCGCCUUAUCCCCACCAACGAGGAGACCGGCGAGCUCCGCCACGUUACCACCGAGCGCUCCGAGUCGGGUGAGAUCCGCUACAUCGUUGGCGGCGUCAUCACCGGCAACACCGUCACUCGUGUUAUUAUGGGACCUCGCAUUGUCACCGAGCGCACCUCGACUGGAGAGAUCCGCUACGUGAUUGUUGACCAGUACAACGGAAACGCUAUCCGCACCAAGUUUGAACGCCACGAGGAGACUGGAGAGUUUGUCCACAUCCCCGUCAAGGAACCCGAGGGUGAGCUGCGCUAUGUGACGGAAGAGAAGACCGAGACUGGAGAGAUUCGCAAGGUCAUUGGCGCCGUCAUUACCGGAAAUGUUACUACUACCACCCGCACCGUCUCUGGCGGCACCGUCACCGAGGGCUCGUCUACCACUACCUCUGGCAGUGGCGAGCAGAUCCGCAUCGUCUCUGAGCGCAACCAGGCCGGAGAGGUUAUCUACUACCAUAUCACCAACGGACCCGAUGGCCAGGAGGUUCGCACUGUUGUCGAGCGCACCGAGGAUGGCGGUUUCCGCAUUCCCGGCGGUGCCGUCAUUGUCGGCGCCGGCGCCAAAUUGAUCGGAAACAACCACCAGUCCACGACCACGACCCGCGUUGUCGGUGGCGGUCAGUUGACCCCUGCUGAGCAGGCUGCCAACAAGACCCAGAUCACUUUGAAGUUGUCCAUCAUGCGUUACGAGCGUGCUGAUGCCUCGUCUGCCGUCCCUGCCGCUGCUGUCGGAACCGUUCUGUUCUCCAAGUUCAAGAUGAUCGGCGCUGGUGCCGUCAACAUUGAUGAGACUGCCUACUCGCACGUUGAGGAGACCAAGGCCCCCCAGGCUGCCCGCACGAUCAAGUGGAUGAAGACUGAACCCCACUGGAAGCGUGAGGCCGGUAUGCUCCAGCACCUCAAGUCUGACCGUUACAUCUCUGAACUCUAUACCUUGUACUCCCUGCCUACCUUCGCCGAAUACCGCUACGUCUCGAUCUUGGGCUCCUUCUCCCGCACCUUGGAGUCGUACAUCCAGACCGAGACCUUGUCCUCCCAGCAGAUCCGCCAGAUGACCCUUUCCCUUUCUGAUGCCCUCCGCUGGUGCCACGAGCACCACGUCGUCCACCUCAACGUCCGCCCUGCCUCGUUCUACCUCGAGGGUGCUCCCGGUGCUGAUGCCAGGGACGGCAACGGUCAGUUGGUCUGGAAGCUCUGGAACUUUGGCCAUGCCCGCUUCGUUGGCGAGACGGUCGAUACUACCGUUACCACUGUCACCUACGCUGCCCCUGAGAUCUUGAACGGACGCAAGAAGACCGAUGCUAACGUCUUGGCCUCGGUCUCCAUGGAUCGCUGGUCGCUCGGAUUGAUCCUCUACGAGUUGCACACCAAGAAGACCUACUUCUCGUCUUCCAACUUCGCCGAGUUCCAGUUGUCCAGCGAAGAGGGUACCGCCUUUGAGCCCGCCCUUGAGGCCAUCCAGGAGAACGAUGCCCGUAAGGCUAUCCGCGGUCUUUUGGAGACCGAUCCCGAGAAGCGUUAUACUCACGAGACCCUCCGUGAGGUUUACUUUGGCAAGCUGUAA